UAUUUCGGUAUAUUUCUGAGAGUGAGACGGUAUAAAUAAACAACAAUAAACAAAGUUUCGAUUUGGAUGUUCAAAGGGUCCACUAACCCAUAAAACUAUUAAAAACAAAACGAAAGCACAGAAUGACUGACAUUACAGUAUCCAAUGAGGGUCCUACAAAUGGAAGUGAGCCGGUGGCGGUCGCAGAAGACCCAUUUCAGCAACCAUCUCCAGAGUUCCUGCAGCGCAAGAUCUACUUUCUCGUGGAUCAGCUUAGAACAAUGCACGCCGAGCUGCCUGAAAACCUGCAAACCCGAAUUUCCUACGAUCUACUAACAGAACUGGCCAAUUGUGUGCUCAAUGAUAGCAUUUUCGUCAUUGUCAAGGCUCUAAUGGAGCUCCAGCAUGAGACUGAGCGGCAUUUGAUCAAAAUGCGUAUGCAGGUGGAAAACGAAUACGAAAUUGAGGUGUCCGACUGGCGUGCCAAAAUUAAGGAUCCCGAGGAACUCCUGCACAUUCUGGGCCUAAUGAAACUCAAGCAUUCCAAAAAGCUAGUGGAGUCCGACAAGAAGAUUAUUGAAAUUCUAGAUCAAAAGGUUAAUGACCAGCAAUCCACUCUGCAGAAGGCUGGUGUGCCUGGCUUCUAUGUCACCGAGAAUCCCAAGGAGAUCAAAAUACAAAUGUUCCUGCUCGAUUUCAUUUUGCGUCUGAGUCGGCUCAAUUACGAGCCCAACAAGUAGCAGCUGGAGCAAAAUCCGGAGCCCCCAAAAAACAGCGCUUGACUUUAAAGUUCCAUACGUUCCUGUCUUAAUUAGAAUAUAUAGACCCAUUAAAUUAUUAACCGUGAUCAAA